CCUGGCGCAGGCGCAGUGGCUCGGGCAGCCGUAUCCUGCGGCCCCGCCUCGGUGAGGAAGGCCCGCCUGCCCACACCUCAGGAGGCCCGGGUUUCUGUCGCGAUGCCGCGUUAUUGCGCAGCGAUUUGCUGUAAGAAUCGCCGGGGAAGAAACAAUACAGACCGGAAGCUGAGUUUUUACCCGUUUCCUCUACAUGACAAAGAAAGACUUGAAAAAUGGUUAAAGAAUAUGAAACGAGAUUCAUGGGUUCCCAGUAAAUACCAGUUCCUGUGUAGUGAUCAUUUUACUCCUGACUCUCUUGACAUCAGAUGGGGUAUUCGCUAUUUGAAACAAACUGCAAUUCCAACAAUAUUUUCUUUGCCUGAAGACAAUCAGGAGAAAGACCCUUCCAAAAAAAAAUCUCAGAAGAAAAAAUCAGAAGAUGAGAAAGAAGUAUGCCUAAAAUCGAAGUCAGAGGAAUCAUUUGCAUCAAAUGAGCCAAAGAAGAAUACAGUUAACUCAAAUGUCCUCCCUGAACAUGCACAAUUGCUUGAUUUAUCUGCCUUUGUAAAGCCACCAGAUCUAAAAGCAGAAAGUGUACAGAAUAAUGUAUUAACUCUUAAUCUAGUUAAACAAGAUACCAGAAAACUAGAAUCUACCUUAGAAACACCAGUUAACCAAGACAUAGGUACACAUGAGUUUCACACAUCUUUUGAGGAUCUAAAUUCCACAACUAUCACUUUAACAACUUCAAAUUCAGAAGGUAUCACAAAAUCUUUGGAAACCCAGGAAGUGCUUAAAAUAACUACCAAUCAUCUUACUAACCCAAACUUUACAAAUAAUUCUUUGGAAAUUAAUCCAGCACAGGAAAACCCAUUCUUUUUCAGCACAAUUACUCAAACAGUUGAAGAAUUAAAUACAAAUAAAGAAUCUGUUAUUGCUAUUUUGAUACCUGCAGAAAAUUCCAAACCUACAGUUAACUCUUUUAUGCCCACCCCCAAAGAAACCAUGGAAAUGGAAGAAGACAUAGACAUUGAAGAUUCAUAUAAGGAUGCAGACUAUGAGACAGAAGUUUUACAAAUUGAGCAUUCUUACUGCAGACAAGAUGUAAGUAAGGAACACCUUUGGCAGAAGGUCUCUAAACUUCAUUCAAAGAUAACUCACCUUGAGUUACAAGAACAACAAACUCUAGGAAGAUUGAAGUCUUUGGAAGCUCUUAUAAGGCAGCUAAAACAGGAAAACUGGCUAUCUGAAGAAAAUGUCAAGAUUAUAGGAAACCAUUUCACAACAAAUGAGUUACGAUGAUAUAAGAGGUUUUAAAGUUGUGACUUUUAUGUAAGCUUUUUGUUGGCCAGAUCAGAUUGUGUGUAAGUUUUUUCCUGUAUAAAUUUCUUUAUUAAUAAGCCAAGCAAGUGCUCUAAUAUUCUUGUAAUGCUCCUUUGAGAAAAACUAGAGAGUUGUUGGAUAGAAAAAGUUUCAUGACUUGUUAAUUGUCCAAAUUUAAAAUAAAAAUACAGUGAAUAAAGAAUUUGAAAAUAUUAUUUUACUUUAUAUUUUAAAUGAGUGAACAUAGAUAUGGUAAAUAAGAGCCCAGAAUAGAAGGCAGGCUUAGGAAUCAUUCAUGGUUCUACCUGGUUUGUGAUUUAGUCUCUAAUCUGUAAAAUGAAGGCACUUAACUAGAUCUGUAACAUAAUGUUUCUUUAUAGUUUCUUUCCUUUCUGCUAAGACACUUUUAAUAGAUUAUUUAUAUAUGAUAAUCUUAUCCUUAAGACUGAAUGCUGUCUAGAAUCUGAUAUUAUUAACUGUUGGAUUCUUCUCAGUAUUUAUUAAAUCAGUAUUGCUUGGCCUUUGGGCUAUAGUUUUUUGCAUUAUAAAGGAAAAUACUCCUUUUAUAAUUACAUUCCAAUUGAACUAAAAUGAGGAAUCAACCAUUAGGGCAGUCCUUAGGAGAGGUACUUUAAACUGGAAAGAAUAUGAACCUUAUGGCUGACCAUCAUAAUACAUAGCCAUUUAAGCUUCUCAACAGCCUGUAUUUAAGAUAUAUUUAUAAACCAAAAGUUUCAAUUAGGUUAAAUUUUAAAGUAUGUAAUAUUUUAGAAAUUGAGUUUGUAUCUGUUUAAUAUAUUUAAUUUUUUUAAAUGUGUACUUGUGUCAUUUUAAAAUUCCAGAAUGAUAAAUAGUUUACUAUGCCUUCCCACUUAUAUGUAAUUAUAUUAAAAGUAAGAAAUUAGAGAUUUGUGAUGACCUUAGGAGACACGUGGGAAAGAGAAAUAAUGGUGGUAGAAAUAAAAAGAAAUGUAAAAGCCGAGAGGUCAUCAUAACAACACAAAUGUGAAAAAUACAUGAUCCCAUAAAAUUGGCAGUUAAUAUAAUAUGUUACUCUUUAUGAUGUUGAGCAAAUUCAUGUCAGAUUCUUGGUUUUCUCAUCCAUUAUAUAAAAAAAUACUCUUACCUAUCUUGAAGGAUGGUUUUUGUGAAUUCUGUGACGUAAUAAAUGUGGUUUUGGUGCUGGAAAAUAGGAGGUGCUCAAUAAAUACUAGUUGACUGCACAGCAGAUAGUAUACUGAUUGUUUUGUAAAUUGAUGGUGAUUAUUUGGGACCAUAAUUAAGUUAGGUUUUUAAUGCUAAUAAAAUUAAUUGGUAUUAUAUGAAUAUUAUCAGCUAGCAAUAAAUUGAUUAGAGGUAUCCUUAUUGGAUGUGAUGGGGGAAAAAAAACCUUAAAACUUGCAUAAAUUAUAUGCAUAUAAUUGGUAAAAUUGAUGUGAUGUUUUUAAGUUGCACUUUGCUAAUAUUUAAAAUACUGUAAAAACUUGUCAUUAUAAAAUAUGUUGUACAUUGUAGUUAUUUUGUAUGUAAAGUUAUGGUUUACUCAGGAAUAAUUUAAACUGGUUGUACUUCUUUAAACUACUAAAUUAUAAGUAAAUACUUUCUUGAAUUUUCUAUAUUCUAUUUAGAAUGUUCCCUGUCUGACUUAAUUGCUAAAUUUUACUUGGAAUUUCUGGCCAACUUUCUUCUUACUUGGAUUGUUAUAGGAGCCUCAAUUUAAUAGUACCUAUAUUUCAAUCUCCUGCUUCCAUAUCUUCCUGGACUCUGUUGUCAUCUUUUUACCUAAAUUAUAGAUCUGGCUAUAUCACCUGCCUACCAUUUAACUCUCCUAGCUCAGAAGUCUGUAAUUACUCUUUAAUACCUAAUAAAUAAAGUAAAAAUUGUUACCAUCAUA